CUAAGCAUCGAGCGACGUCGGUGCCUAUACGAGAAUGAGCGCAAGGCGCUGGGAUUCCCCAAGUACCGCCAUGUCAACUGCAUAGCCGAGUGUCAUCGCCACAGUACGCUCUUGUACUGCAACUGCACACCAUUCUUCUUCCCCACCGAAGGGUACCUGCCAGUGUGCGACAUUUUUGGGCUUAUAUGCUUAUCGGAAUUCAACGAUAUAUUUAAUUACGAAAAGCCUGAAAGAGACAACCCUUUCUUCGAUGACGGACAGGAUGGAAUGGUCUGCAAAUGCGAACCCGACUGCGACCGGAUGGAGUAUACGUCAGAGUUCUAUGUAACCCAAGGAGGUUUCAACACCGGCGAGGACCAAGUGUUGCUGGAUGUGCACUUCAAACAGCCUACGGUAGUUCAAUAUCGCACUGACGUGGUGUUCGGCUGGCUCGACCUUACAGUGUCUCUAGGUGGUAUUGCAGGUCUCUUCAUUGGCUUCUCGUUGUUGAGUGGGGCAGAACUCGUUUACUUCCUGACGUUUCGGCUCUACGGUUUAUGGAAGACAGAAAGAAACAACAGAAUCAAUCCCAAGACGAACCCACAACAACUGAAAAUGAACCAUCCAACGCAGCAGAAUACAGUUCGCUUUUAUAAACCAGAGGGCAUGAAAACCUCGUUUAAAAAAGUAAAAAAAGUGUUGCCACAGGUAUAUUGAUAGCUUGUACAUAUUUCAUAGCAGCGUCGGUAUAGAAUAUAGACAAGGUGUUAUUGAAGCGACAGGGCUACAGAUUUUAAACUAAUGUAAAUACAAAAUAGGGAAUUUGAUUUCAACCAACUGAUCUAGAACAGGCAAGACCAAGAAACCUCCCACAUCGGAGGAGGCCAAGGCCCGAUAUGGGCUGCAGAGCCAUUGGAUGGAUCGAUCUAGAACAGGAGUGGGCAAACUACGGGCCGCGGGUAGGGAGCGGCCCUCAAAUAAUUAAAUCCGGUCCGUAGCGAUCUGAAUAUAAGCCUAUUGUUAGUAUAAAACCUUAAUUAAUUUUAAUUAUUCAUAUUGAAUAUAGAGGAAGCACUAUUAAACGUAAAGUAACAAAAUAGACAAGAAUAUAGAUGUGAGAUUUUAGUUCUGACUGCCGUGAGGACGAGGCCCAUGUCUGGCGAGUUUAAUCAAUAGAUAAUUACUGUUUUCGUUUACUUCGUUUGUAAGUCGGAGUGAAGAAAUCGGGUGGGGUCAUUCCAGACUGUUUCAUGUGUGUUCUAAUAUUGCCUUGAGAGAACACCGCUUAAGAGUAGACGAUAUUGUGUCCGAAUUGUAUCGCAGCCAUGGCGAAUGUUU